UUCUUCUAAAAGGCGAUGAGUAUAGGUGAAACAAAGAAGGUGUAUGAUGCAUGUCAGUUGGAUUCUUCAAGCAAGAGCCAGACCAAAUACAAUAGGUCAAGAGGGGAAGUGAAAAGCAAAAUAAAACUGGCAAAGAGAAUCUGGGAAUCGAAUGGUGGUUUACAUAAAGGAGAACCCAGAAAUCUUCUGCCCUGUAUCUAAGGAGGUUGCCAAGCUGCAGAAACAUCUGGCGCUCCUCCGCCAGGAGUACGUGAAGAUGCAGCAGAAGCUGGCAGAGACAGAGAAGAGAUGUGCCAUGCUUGCAGCCACAUCCAACAAAGAAAACUCCAGUGACUCUUUUGUUUACAGACUGCUGUCUAUUGUGUCUGAGCUUUAUCAGCAAGAACAAUACAGUGACUUGAAAGUGAAGGUUGGAGAAAAGUACAUAAAUGUUCAUAAGUUUGUGUUGGCAGCACGCAGUGAUGCCUGGAGCCUGACAAACCUUGCCUCGACCCAUGAACUAGACCUGUCAGAUGCUGAGUCAGAAGUAACCAUGGCGAUGCUCCGAUGGGUUUACACGGAUGAACUUGAACUGAAGGAAGAUGAUGUAUUCCUCACUGAACUAAUGAGAUUAGCUAAUCGAUUUCAGCUAUAUCUUCUCCGAGAAAGGUGUGAGAAAGGAGUAAUGUCAUUGGUUAACGUUAGGAACUGUAUUCGAUUCUAUCAGACUGCAGAGGAGCUGAAUGCUAUUACGUUGCUGAACUACUGUUCUGAGAUUAUAGCCAGCCAUUGGGAUGAUCUGCAGAAGGAUGAUUUCAGCAGCAUGACUGCUCCUUUGUUGUACAAAAUGAUUAAAUCAAAGACUGAAUACCCUUUGCAUAAAGCUAUCAAAGUGGAGAGAGAGGAUGUUGUAUUUCUCUACCUCAUUGCAAUGGACUCUCAGUUACCUGGUAAACUAAAUGAACUUGAUGAUAAUGGAGACCUGGCCUUGGAUCUGGCACUCUCUCGACAGCUGGAGAGUAUUGCAACAACAUUGGUUAAUAACAAGGCCGAUGUUGACAUGGUGGAUAAGAAUGGCUGGAGUUUGCUUCACAAGGCUAUCCAAAGAGGUGAUGAAUUUUCUGCUGGCUUCUUGAUUCGAAAUGGCGCUCGUGUAAACGCAGCUACAUAUGGAGAGCAGGAAACGCCACUUCAUCUUGUGGCAUCAUAUAGUCUAAAAAAACACUCAGUGGAAGCAAUGGCAGGAAUGGCACGUAUUGCUCAAGCACUUUUGGAAGUAUCUGCCAAUUCCAAUAUGCAGGACAGCAAAGGGCGGACACCCUUACACUCAUCUAUAUUGGCAGGCAAUGAGUAUGUCUUCACACAGUUACUGCAGUGUAAGCAAUGUGAUUUGGAGCUGAAGGAUCAUGAAGGAAGCACAGUGCUGUGGUUAGCACUCCAGGAUAUAACAGUGGACUCUGAUCAGUCUGUGAAUCCAUUUGACGAUGUUCCGGUUGUGAAUGGCACCUCAUUUGAUGAGAACAGUUUUGCAGCAAAACUUAUUAAGCGGGGUAGUAAUCCAGAUGCUCCAGAUGCAAAGGGGAAUUGUUUGAUGCAAAGAGCAUCAGAAACUGAAAAUGAAGCUGCUGCACUCUUCCUGGUUGCUCAUGGGGCCAAGGUUAACCACACCAAUCACUUGGGUGAAACUCCACUUCACACAGCCUGCCGUCAUGGCCUGGCGAAUCUCACUGUAGAACUACUGCAGCAUGGAGCAAAUCCCAACAUCCAAACCAAACGACCGCUUUCUGUUGGUGCAGGUGUGUCUCAAGACUCCAUGGAGGGUCUCUAUUUGCAGACACCACUUCACAUGGCAAUAGCACACAAUCAUCCAGAUGUGGUGUCUGUGAUACUAGAGCAGAAAGCAAAUGCACUUCACGCUGCCAGUAAUCUGCAAAUCAUUCCUGACUUCAGCCUCAAAGAUUCAAGAGAUCAGACAGUCCUAGGGCUGGCUCUGUGGACAGGCAUGCAUACAAUCGCAGCACAGCUGCUGGGCUCAGGGGCUGCCAUUAACGAUUGCAUGUCUGACGGUCAGACUCUACUGCACAUGGCAAUUCAGAGGCAAGACAGCAAGAGUGCCCUCUUCCUUCUUGAGCACCAGGCUGAUAUAAAUGUUCGGACCCGUGACAGUGAGACAGCUCUUCAGUUGGCCAUCAAGAACCAGCUACCACUUGUGGUUGAUGCUCUUUGUACCCGUGGUGCAGAUAUGGCUGUACCAGAUGAGAAGGGAAAUGCACCACUGUGGCUAGCCCUGGAGAAUGGACUUGAGGAUAUAGCCUCCACUCUGGUGAGACAUGGCUGUGAUGCAACGUGUUGGGGUACUGGACCUGGGGGAUGUCUGCAGACUCUGUUACAUCGAGCUAUUGAUGAAAAUAACGAAAACUCUGGCUGCUUCCUCAUUCGCAGUGGGUGCGAUGGAAACAGUCCCAGACGACCAGGCCCCAAUGGUGAAGGUGAUGAGGAGGCACAUGAUGGACAGACACCAUUGCACAUGGCAGCAAGCUGGGGCCUUGAAGAAGUGGUGCAGUGCCUUCUGGAGUUUGGUGCCAAUGUCAAUACUCAGGAUGCAGAGGGAAGGACUCCGAUCCACGUUGCCAUUAGCAACCAACACAGUGUUAUAAUUCAGCUUUUGAUCUCGCAUCCUGAUAUCCGGUUAAACACACGGGAUCGUCAGGGUCAGACACCCUUUGCCUGUGCAAUGACCUACAAAAACAACAAGGCCGCGGAGUCGAUCCUCAAACGGGAACCAGGAGCAGCUGAACAGGUUGAUAACAAAGGGAGGAACUUUCUUCACAUUGCUGUACAGAACUCUGAUAUCGAGAGUGUUCUUUUCCUGAUCAGCGUGCAGGCUAAUGUGAACUCUCGAGUGCAGGAUGCAUCUAAGCUUACACCACUGCACCUGGCGGUACAAGCAGGCUCUGAGAUAAUAGUCCGGAAUCUGCUGCUUGCAGGGGCCAAGGUGAAUGAGCUCACGAAACACCGUCAGACUGCUCUCCAUCUGGCAGCCCAGCAGGACCUGCCAACUAUCUGCUCUGUGCUCCUGGAGAACGGUGUGGAAUUUUCUGCUGUUGAUGAGAAUGGGAACAAUGCCCUUCAUUUGGCUGUUAUGCAUGGACGCCUCAACGUAGUGCGUGUCCUCCUAACUGAAUGCAGUGUGGAUGCUGAAGUCUUCAAUCUGAGGGGGCAGUCACCUAUGCAUGUCUUGGGACAUUAUGGGAAGGAAAAUGCAGCAACCAUCUUUGAGCUCUUCUUGGAAUGUAUGCCAGAUUAUCCUUUGGAUAAACCAGAUUCUGAAGGGAAUACAGUCCUGCUCUUGGCUUACAUGAAGGGAAAUGCUAACCUGUGUCGAGCCAUUGUGCGAGCUGGAGCCCGACUGGGAGUCAACAACAAUCAGGGGACCAACAUAUUUAACUAUCAGGUGGCCACAAAACAGCUGCUCUUCCGGCUUCUAGAUAUGCUGUCCAAGGAGCCUCCAUGGUGUGAGGGCUCUAACUGCUUUGAGUGCAUUUCCAAGUUUGGAGUCACUAUGCGGAAACACCAUUGCCGCCAUUGUGGACGACUGCUUUGUCACAAGUGUUCGACAAAGGAAAUUCCCAUCAUCAAGUUUGAUUUGAACAAGCCUGUGAGGGUGUGCGAUAUUUGCUUUGAUGUGCUGACACUGGGUGGGGUCUCUUAGUACUUGUUGGAAUUGCCCUUGCGUUUAGUGUUUUGGCAGCACUACACAGCGCCUUUCUAGGAGCCAGAAACUCUAAUUGGACUAGCACCUUUCGAAGAGAAGCCCAAAUGCUUGAGGGACCACAUUAUAUUACUCAGAUUGAAAUUAUGCUGUUUGAUUCUCCAAUGUAUUAACGGACUCUGAUAUGGAUGGAUGUAUAGCCAUGUGAAUCGAUCAGAAUUGAGUGUUGGUGCUUGUGGCUGGGGUUGGGUUUGACCCUAUUCUGAUAGGGUUGUAUGGUAGAAAUAUUCAGGACCUGGUGUCCUUUCAAGUUAACACUCUCCAGCUUCUGCUCUACUUUGUAUUUUUUUAAAUUCAUGUUCAUAAAUUGCAGAUAACACAUUUUGCCCCUCCCAACUCUAUCCAGCGAUAUCGUCCAAUUGUCAUCUUGAUGCUGUUACAGAUGUCAACAAACUCAACACAAUAUAGGUUAGCUAGGUGGGUCUGUGGGUGAAGGUGAGCAAUACCUUGAGGGAAUUGACUGUCCAUUUUGCCCUAUGCAGACUCUACAUGAGAACUGAAUGUGCCUCAGUUUGGUUAUCGAAUUCCUGACCUAUAUAUAGCAGCUGAAUGUAUAAUCCUUGGUGGUUUGAAUCUCUGCAAGAGCAAACUUGGUAACACUAAUUUAGGAAAUGUUUUAUUACCAAUAGAUAUGGUUGUGCAUUUAAAAAGGGAAAUGUUGCAUAUUUAGAUCAAAUGCAUGGUCAUGUACAUGAGAGAAUAUGGUCUUUUUUAAAACUGGAACGAGAUGGAGUAACUUUUUAAAAAUCUACUACUCUUCAACAUAAUCAAACCAACCUGUGGGAAGCUAGUUCUACACACAGUGCUUACUGAACAGAAUGGUUCACCUUUUUCAUGAAUUUCCCAGUCUUAUUUCACUUCGUCUGGAUGUCCAUUGUAUGGAGCAGUACAUCCAGUGCUAACUUCAUUUGCAACAUGGCCUAAUCUCACUCAGCAACUGAUAUUUAAUAUGCUUCUGAAGGCAUCCUGGGGACAAUAGAUUGUUGGCGGCCCUUAUGUGAACAGUGGCCAAAUCAGGUUGGAGCUCUUACUUUAAUUAGCUGGUGUUGGGUGAAUUCAUCCAGAGAGUCUCAGUAUCUUGGAAGCUUUAGUCAUAAUAUAGACUACGAAGCCCUUUUUGGUUAUGAUGUGUAAAUGACACUUGGGCUACCUGGAGAGGAAAGGAUUAAAUUGGGACCACUGUUCUAAUUUGUUGUCUCAUUCAUAAAAGCACUAAUCUAAGGAUUGCCACUUAGUCAAAAUUGUGUAAAAAUAUUUCAAGACAGUUACUGUAUUUUAUGCAUUUUGUACUGUGCUAUAUGAUGUUUCAAGGUGUCUUGGCAAAAAUGUUAUGCUUUAUUACAUUAUAUCUUAAUCUGUUCAGAUGGUAAAGCCUGCUGCUUCAAGAGAAGCCGACCAGCUGAUAUUCUGCAUUCACACCCCAUGUAUAAUUCUGCGCUGUACUAUGCAUAUAUUAUUGCUUGUCUUUGCUCCAGUGGGUGAGAUGGAGGCUAAAUCCAAUCCUUUUGGAAGAGUUUUCAUUUCAAUUCUUCAUUGAGGUCAGCAACUGUGUUGAAUAACAUUCCAUGUUUAUAUGAUGUUGGUGCAUUUGUGAGCAGAACUGAAUAAUGUAAGGCUGCUGAUAUGAAUAAACUAACAGACCUUUGGCUAACAGCAAUGGCUACUCUAAACCAAUCACCAGAGGCUGUUUGUGUGUCACGUUGAGAGAACAAUGCACUAUUGGUUGAUUCAAUUCAAAGGAAGUUUAAUCACUGGGGUAGAUUAGAUUUUGAGCCAUUCUGUUUAUUUACUGUGACUGUGCCUCAAUUUCAUGGUGCUAAGCAAUCUAUGCUAGUUUACUUUACAGCACCUAGUUAUCCAUCAUUGUUUCCCACUGGGACCUGCCAGCAGAUAAAGCCUAGGACACUUAAUCCUUGCAGCAGACCCGUGACAUCACAGGCCAGUUCAGUAUUUAAAUGUUGUAAGAAAUCAUGUUUUCAGAGAAGCACUGGGCUUGAAAUAGAUAACCAUUUUCCCAACUAGUCCUAGCACUUAAAGGUCAACAUUUAGGCAAAUGACUAUGAACAACAGUAAAUGAAUGGUGAAGGGAGUCAUCGCAGAGAUCUCUCCUUUUUACCGCCCAAAUUAUUUCAAAUAAAGAUUUAAUGCCUUUAAAAUCUCAUUCCAUCAUUCCUUUUUUGAUCUGGCCAUGUACAAGAUUAGUCAAUGGAAUCUCCCUUAAAUUGUAAUUAUGCAUCGAAACAGCUUGUCUAGAAUUUCUUCUAAAGCAGGGCUUUAAAGGGCAAUAACUCAUCAAUAGCGAAUUAGUCAGCAAGCUAUAGAUACCCAGCCAACUUUGGUAUAUGCAGUUGAGUUGAACUAGUUUUCGAGUUACUUUAUGCCAACUGCAAACACAAAUAGGCGUGGGACAUGUUUAAAUCUCGUACCCAGUAUAAAUGGGUACGAUCGACUGGGUCGGUAAUUACUUGUGAGAAAUCAAGUUGCAGCAAAAGCACCAACAUCUUAUUUCAUCUCCUUUUGCUGUCACCAGUGCUCUUGUAUUUGAGUCUCCUGUGUCGUGACUUUUAACCCAUUGAGGACUGCAUGUUGCCAAUAUCAGGAUAUUAGUUUACCAUGUUCAGUUUUGAUUGUGUUCUAGAAUCAUUGCUUAUUGAAUAAAACCACUUGGAGAUAUUAAACUGCAUUUACCUAAUAAAGACCAAAUGAAUUUAGAGAAAUUUGUUUAUUUAAAUAGCACAAUCUCAAUGGGUUAAAAUUCAUUCCAGCCUUUAACCCCCUUUAAUUAUCCAUUAUUCAGUAUUAGAAGAAAUAUGUUAUAGUAAAGGCUAUUUUUUUUGCACUAACAUUGAAACCUAUUGCACACAAUUGUCUAAUAAUGGUGUAUGUUUACUUCUGUUUACGGUGUAUAGGUAAAAAAAGUCUGUACAGCAAUGUCAUUGAACAGUACCCAAGAUGUUGCUAGCAGUGGUGCUUAAAGAUAUGAUAAUCAAUAUAGUUCUCUUUGGUAAUAAACUCUGACUCUCUUAUUACAAAGUAA